AGACAGCGUAGAUUAGAAUACUGUAUGAUACACGAGUAACGUCAUAUAUAUCUCCAUUGGACCAGGACCAUAUCCUCCAUCCAACGGAACUAUCCAUUCGCCACCGUUGACGAGUCGAACAUAUAAAUCCGCCAGUAUGACUUACAUGGCGCGGAUCCGAUACGACACAACCCUUAGUGUGGUUCAUCAGUAAAAUCCAAACCCUAUGGCAGAGUCGGUCCCAGCUUGUGCAAAGUUGGAAAAGUCGAGCGCAUUGAGAGGAUCCAGCCAAUCUUGGCCGUCCAUAUCAAAACCUGGAGUAUUUUCCGGCAUGAAGAGAUGGGCGCCGGUCUCAACUGCGUCGAACGCAUGGCCGUAUGGCGAACUUUGCGUUUCUCCGUUGGGUGGAAACCUGCUGUGGAAAUCACGAUCCGCCCUUGGCGGCGAAAGUCUGUGACUUUGAUUAGCUCUGGUUAUCAAAAAGUCCGAGGGAAGGAACACUUGCGAGCGCUGGCUUUGGUCCAAGGACUGGCGAUUUUCAGGCCUGUAUGCAUUGAAGUCGUGUGUUUGGCUUGGCCCGUCAUGAAUGCCUCGACUGCUGUCACGGCGGUCUGUUGGCGUCGCAAUCAGUCUAGUCGCAUCUCGUUGCAGUUGAAAGUCACGCGUACCAUUCAAGGAAGUAGAUAUUGGCGAUGGCACAGGGUGCAAACUUGUCGUUUUGUCCUCUUUCUUAUCAAGCGCGGAGAUAACAUGUUGCACUGCUUCGGCGCAAGAGUCGGGCCAUGCUGUGCCUCGUGACGAUAGCUGCUUCAGAAUCCGCAAUGAUCUUUUCGCGUACCUGCAACG